CACACUGAACUGCCUCCUCUCCUCAACUCCACGUCCAGUUCAAUACGAUUAACUCUCAUUUCUCACAGAGACUUUGUUACAUUUGCUGGAUGAUUUAAGCCCUACAGACCCUCUCGAGGUUUUCAGUUGCACUACUCUGGAUAUAAACAUGUCGGGGAUGAAUUGUGAUAAGUUGCAUCGCUCCACCUUGGGGAUUUACUCGAGCUUGAUGGAUGAGUUCAACCCAAGCCUACAGAAACUGGUUUCACUGGGUAACAGCUACAUACACGCUUUCCAGGCUCUUGCUGUAACAAGUGAGGCCUACUUCAGUGCACUUUCAAAGAUUGGAGAAAGGGCUCUUCAUACCAUGUCCUCACACUCCCUAGGAGACGUCUUGAUUCAGAUCUCUAAGAACCAAAGAAUGCUGACGUCAGAGCUGGAGGGAGUAUUCCGCUGGUUCAGUGUGGAGGUUCUUCAGGAGAUGGACAAUAACAUUAGACUGGACAGAGAUUACAUAUCAGGCAGUAGGAAGCACUAUGAGAUGGAAGUCCACAGCCAGGCAGAAGCUGUGGAGAGACAGCUGAGGAGAGGAGCCAACCAGGAUUGUAAUGAGUAUGUGCAGUUUCUGAGGAAGAGCCAUGGCGAGGCUCUGAAGGAGGAGGAGAGACGACACCGUUUCCUGGCUGAGAAACACUGUGGCCUGAUACAAGCCAUCGCCCACCUUAUGAAUAAGACAGUAGGUUCUCUGCAGAAGAGAGCUGAUGCCUGGACAUAUGAAGUGAAUGCCACCAGAGGACCCGCGACAAAACGCGAGGACAAACAACCCGCUUCUGUGGAUUACUCUAUGGGGAUGAAGGAGGAGGAGAUCAAAAAGACCAGAGAGGAGCUGACCCUCGGCAAAAUACCAUCAAGGGCCCCGUCUCCCCAGGGAAGCAUUUACAGCUCUCGAGCAGAGUCAGUGGGAGGGGGUGGUGGUGGUGGGAGAUCCAUGAGGGCAUUGGUGGCCCAUCAGCCUGGUGGCUCCAACCCCACCCUGCUGCCCUUCUCCAGAGGAGAGAUGAUCACUGUGAUGAACCAACAGCCCAGGAACGGCUGGCUGUACGGACAUGCUGACAGCACUUCACGUCAGGGAUGGUUUCCAGCCUCCUAUGUGGAAGCAGUGGAUGAUCCCCCGAAGACAACCAGCUCUCGUAGCUCUACUCUCCGAAGCAGCAGCAGCAUGAGCAACCUGCUCGACCAACCAGGGAGCAGCAGCCAGAGUGGAGCCCCGCCCCCUCCGCCUCCACCUCCACCUCCAUCUUAUAAUAGACAGUCUGAUAUGCGACCAAUCACACCAACUCCUGACAGAAGGGAUGAGUUUAAUUCUGAAAACAAGAGAUCAAAACCACAUGGAUCACGACCAGAACUCUUCCCAAGGGGUACCAACCCAUUUGCCACAGUUAAGCUGAAGCCCACGACCACAGACGACAGAUCGACCCCACGUUUUAAUCGUUGAUGACAUCUUGACCCUUAAAACAUAUGCUUACGUUGAGCUUGACAGGUUCUUUUUGACCUUGGAAAGAGAAAUGUAUAUGGUUGAAAGUGAAUACGUGGACCUUGAGUGGAGGUUGUUUUGUCAACUGGUGUUUUCAUACCUCUGAAAAUACUCCAUAGCCAUAGUGUCCUUCUGCACCCAGCACUGGAGAAAGAGGACAAAACUUUUCAUAAAUAUUGCAGAAUUCUUUGGUUUGCACAAGGACUGUAGAUAUCUAUUUUUGUAGGUCUGAACCAACAACCAACAUCUAUUCAUGUUUUUUGUAGCCUCUUUUAUAAUUGGCUCUGGUUUUGUGAGAAUUAAUCACUGUAAUACAAAUCUGUUUAUGUAGCAUAAACUAAUACGUGCAUUGAUCUUACCUUGGCUUAAAUCAUCAUUCCUUUCCUGAAAUGUUUAGUUUAUUACUGAAGUUCAUGUGAAUGACUUAGAUAUAGGAAAUAAAUGAUUACUGUCUAUGAUGUGUAUAUAGUGUUGAACUGAUGCUAUAAAUCAAUCCUGAAGACAUGUUGGUGUGUAACAAAAUUGACUUUUUAUGUAAUUGUACCAGUUUACGUAACUUUCUGCAUCUUUUGUAGCUCAGGACUGGAUGCAUGAUGCCAUAUACUGUAUGUACAUUUUAUGUUUUUGGUUUUAAUUGCCAUUGUUGUCAUUUUCUCUACGUGGUCUACUGAAUUAUGUCCACUGAUAAAUAUUAAUUGCAUUACUAAUUUACUUUGGCUUGUUGAAAAUGUAACCUCUGACAGAUAAUGUAAUAUCUUAUAAAGAAUAGGAUAAAAUGUCUGAGCCAGAAAUGCAAUGAAAAAUGCAGCGCAUUCAUGGAUUAUGUAAUACCAUUUUUAUAGCAUCAUAUAAUUACUUUAACCAGUGUGUUUCACUUUAGUAGCAGGUGGCAUUUAUUUCUGCUGGUAUAAGGCUAAUAUGGAUCAAUAAUGCAACUAACAAGAAUAAAAAUUUAAAGUUAUUACAUAAUAAAAAUA